AUGGAUACUAAGAGUAAUCGAGCAUCGUUACAAAGGUACACAACUGAAGGAGCGAAGAAUAGUCAAAUUUGUAUUUUGUUUCAGAACAUCAAUUAUCGCACUGCAAUCAAUUUUCGGUCUUGCCCUUGUUCUACUAUCAACUCAAAUGCACUUCAACAGACACUACUCCCCGUACGAUCUCGUUUUGGUCAUUCUGUGCAUUGUUAUAACGGCAAGACUCGCCGUUGUCAUCAUUGUUUGGACUAAUUGCGUUUAUCGAAUUGCCGAGAGAGUUCGUGAGAUUGGAAAGUUUUUGGAAAAGUGUAAUGGAAGAACAGAGUAUGAACACUUGGCAUUGCAAAUGAAGGUGGUGACACUAUAGGACAUAUUAGUCUCUGACAAGUGUUAUGUAUUUGCAGGACAUCAUUUUGUGUUUGGAUGUACUGAACAAAAAAGUAUCCACGAUCCUGCUGCUUAGUUUGAUGAUGACGGUAUAUUGUUUGAUGUUAAUACUAAAACGAAUGAUAUCAGCGACUACACUUGUUUUUCUAACAUCACCAUUUCUCCUACUGUAUCUAAUCUGCUCCUACGCAAAUGUCCAGGUACUCACGUGGAAAGAGGUUCAUGAAUUCAAGACACUUAUUUUCAGUUGGAAAAAUUGAAAAUUGCAUCUUUACGUCUGUUUGAUUUGCAAUUUAUCACUCCGGCGGUAAACUCGUUGGUUGGAAAUGAUCUAGGUUUUCGAAAAAAAUGAUCAGAAAUUGCAGGUUCACUACUUUUGGAUGGCUCGGAAAAUCGAAGAGUUACCAGCGGUGGAAGUCAAGUACCUGUUCGAGGCAACAUUCGGAAACCUAAUGAGAAUAAUAUUUUAUUGUUUUGUGGUUUUUAUCAGCUUUGAGCAUUGUAUCACUUCCGCUCUGCAAUGUAAAAGUUUUUGAUCUUCUGCUUCCGUACAAAAACAAUAAAUUGUCAUUUUGCUUUCAUAGUGUUCCAAUUCCUGCCCUGUUGCAGUAGGAAAGAAGCAGGCGAAAGUACAGGUUUACUGUUGAAUUGUGCUUGUGGGCGUAGCCAACCCUUUUGGAGAGGGAAGAGGAGCGUGAUAAGAACUGGAGCUCAUUUUCAUUCGGACGCGCACCGAGCACUCGGUUAUGCUCCGAUCACUGGGCAUCCUUUGCAUUCUGGGCGCUGCCCUGGCGGCCCCCGCACAACUUGCGAGCAAGGAUACCGAUCUCGUUACUGAUCUUCCCGGACUUACUUUCACUCCGAACUUCAAGCAAUAUUCCGGAUUUCUCGAUGGUUCUCAAGGAAAUCAUCUUCAUUACUGGUGAGCGACUUGUCUCAAAACUAAUUCAACUAGUAGUGCUCUCUAAAGUUGUUUCUCUUAUUGACAGCCUAUUGAUACCAUAAAGAUUCAAAUUCCUUAACACUUUUAAAGAGCAAAGAUACCGUAGUCUCCUUUUCAAUCCUGGGUGAUUCAUUUCCUCAAAAUUUUGUUUUUGGUGCUGUGCUGUACUGAUCAACAAUUGUAUUGUAUUGUCGUUUUUCAAUAUCCUUCAAGCCACAUUUUAUUGUAUUUCUGAUCAUAGUCGAGAAAACAAAUCCCUUUUUUGGUUUCCUACUUUUUCUGGACACCAAGUAGAGAGAGACAAGGGAACUUAGGGCUAUUAAAGAUGUAAUCGUGAUUUAAGACUCAAAUGAUAACAUCGACUGGCAUGAAAAGUACGAAUUUCACGAGAGGACGUCAAAAUUUGACAAAUAUCAGUCGGGUUAUCAUCAUAGGUUGGACGCCAUUGAUUCAUUAUCAUUACAUUUCGUCAGAAAUUCACUUUCUGAUGAAGGGCAGACUGGAAUACCAAUUGAGAAGAGAAAUGAUAAUGAAUUUGAAGGGUGUUUCGAUUUUAGGUUAGUAGAAGCUCAAUCCAACCCAAUCACUGCUCCGCUUGUACUUUGGCUCAACGGAGGACCGGGAUGCUCUUCUCUUCUCGGACUUCUCACCGAGAACGGACCAUUCAGAGUGAACAGCGACGGAGCUACUGUCAUUGAGAAUGUGAACUCGUGGAAUAAGGCUGCCAACAUUUUGUACUUGGAGUCGCCAAGAGACGUCGGAUUUUCGUACAGAGACACUCAGACUUAUGGAAACGACACCCUGUACAACGAUGACAAGACUGCCAUUGACAACGCUAUCGCUCUCCUUCAGUUCUUCCAAAGAUUCCCGGAAUACCAAGGACGCGACUUCUACAUCACAGGAGAAUCCUACGGAGGAGUCUACGUGCCCACUCUUUCCAAACUCGUCGUUCAGCUCAUCAAGAACAACACUGCUCCGUACAUCAGCCUCAAGGGAUUCGCCGUUGGAAACGGAGCUCUCAGCCGCAAACAUCUUACCAACUCCGGAAUCGAUCUUCUGUACUACAGAGGAAUGUUGGGAAAUGAGUAAGGUGUCGUUGUCCUUAUGCAGUCUAGUUAUUGAUUUUAGUCAAUGGGAGAACCUCCGUAAGUGCUGUCCGGAUAGUCCUCAGGGACCACUUGUUGACUGUGACUUCUCUCAGGUAGGUUCUAUGUCUAGUUCCAAGUUUAUUCGUUUUUUUUAAAGUUCGUUAUCUUCGACGAUUUCGGAAACCCAGCUCCGAGAAACGACACCAACGAUGCUCAGACUAUUGCUUGCGGAAAGAUGGUUGUCCAGCUGGGACUGAACUCUAUUUGGGAGACCUAGUACGAACAACUACUUGAGAAAUAUUAAUUCAAGUUGAUCAUUGCAGCAACGAUGUGUACAACACCUAUCAGGACUGCUACAACUUUGAUCCUUCCGUGUUCUCGAGCGUGGAAGAAAGACACUCAAAGAUCCACCAGCAGACCAUGAGAAAGAUCAUGAAGACUUCGCUCUCUACUAAUGGAGCUAACAGCGCCUACAACCUUUUCAGCACUGGAGUGAACCCGUUCAUUGAUCAGGGAGUAAGCAGAAACGAUCGUUUCAAUAGUUAGUGCAAACAAUAUUUUCAGUCUCUUAUCAACAAGCUGUCUACCGACGCUCUCAAUGGAUAUCCAUGCUACGUGGAUGCCUCGACCACCACCUACCUGACAAACGCAGAUGUGCGAAAUGCUCUGCACAUUCCAUCUUCUGUUCAGCCUUGGCAGGAAUGCAGUGACACCAUCAACGAGUUCCUUUACAUCCAACAGAAUGCUGACAUGACUCCGGUCUUCCAAUACCUCAUUGAUUCUGCUCACCCGCUGAAGGUUCUCAUCUACAACGGAGAUGUCGAUCUUGCUUGCAAUUACUUGGGAGAUCAGUGGUUCAUUGAGAGUCUGGCUACUUCUACUUACAACGUAAGAACAAAUAUGUAGUCCUGCUAGUGAGAUAUUGUGUUUUCAGAUGAACCUGACCAGAGCUCGUGAGCAGUGGAACUUCACCCGCCCAGGACCCGUUGAUUACAUUCCAACUCUUGCUGGAUACGUGAAGUCCUGGAGCUACAACCAGGUUACCAUUGACCUUUUGACUGUCAAGGUAAAAUCAAGACAAAAUUUUAAACUUUUCCUUCUUAUCGCAUCAAAAUUCAGGGAGCCGGACACAUGGUACCAAUGGACAGACCAGCCCCAUCCCUCCAACUCUUCUAUAACUACCUCUACAACAACAAUGGCUACAGUAACCAGAUUCCGUACGACCUGACCGCCGCUGCUCUUCGGUCGCAAUACACAGCCGCGCCUCAAAAGACCUGUGAGUUCUGCACGAGAGACACCAGACAACGAGACUUUUGCCCCGAUCACAAAACGCUAUCUCGAAAGAAUGACAAAAAAGAGUCGCAACAAUUCGUGUACAUCACUUACACGGAAAGGGCUUAUCAGUAAUAGCCGCAGCGAACCAAAAUGAGAUACUAAAAAUGAUAUGGUUGGAGCGUCAUCAUUGGUGAAAGUUUGAUUUCAGGGACUCGCAAGCAAGCCGACAGAGUUUACAAUCUUCCGGGAAUCACAUAUGGACUGAACUUCAAGCAGUACUCAGGAUACUUGAAUGGAGUCACCGGAAACUAUCUGCACUACUGGUUUGUCGAGUCACAAGGCAAUCCGACGACUGACCCGCUUGUUCUUUGGUUGACUGGAGGACCGGGAUGUUCUGGACUCAUGGCUAUGCUUACUGAAUUGGGACCAUUCCAUCCGAACCCUGAUGGCAAGACUCUCUUUGAGAAUGUCUACUCAUGGAACAAGGUCGCUAAUGUCCUCUUCCUCGAAUCGCCGCGUGGAGUCGGAUUCUCUGUGCAAGAUCCAAGUUUGAACAAUGACACCAUCUGGGACGACGAGAGAACUGCCACUGACACUUACCUCGCCCUCAAAGAUUUCCUCACAGUAUUCCCUGAAUACGUCAACCGUCCAUUCUUUGUCACUGGAGAAUCCUACGGUGGAGUCUACGUUCCAACCAUCACUUCCCUCCUCAUCGAUAAGAUUCAGGUAAGCUUGUUACAACCACACCAAAGUAUUUAGAUGCUCAAAAUAAAACUCUAAAAUAAAGUUUAUUUUUAGUCUGGAGAUUUCCCGCAGCUCAACCUUGUCGGUAUGUCGAUUGGAAACGGAGAACUUUCCGCCAUUCAGCAGUUCAACUCUGCCAUCCUGAUGGGAUACUUCCAUGGACUUUUCAGCAAGGAGUUAGACAAACACAUUCUCUUUUCACGUUUAUUUUCAUGGUUUCAGUGACUUCGACUCCCUGCAACCGUGCUGCAACCAGACUAAGACUAGCUCUCAAUGGUUUGAAUAUUGCAACUUUGCCCAGUACAUCAGCCUUGGAACCGAUGGAACCGCUAACCCGAUUGACAAUUCCUUCUGUGCAAACAAAGUCGCCGAUUUAGGACAGCAAAGAUUCUGGAACAGCUUGAACAACGUGUACAACAUUUAUCAGGACUGCUACGAACAAGCUGAAAGACCGUUCGGAUCCAGCAUGACCGUCAAGAAGCAAAAGCAGUACAUGCGAGGAUUCAUUGAUCAGGGAGCCAAGGUCUCCACCUCCUCUACUGAUAAUCAAGGAGGGCUCAUCUGCUAUGGAACUGCUCAAGCCGCCAAUUGGAUCAACCUUCCGGAUGUCCGCAGUGCUCUCCAUGUUUCGUCUGCCGCCGGAGCCUGGUCUGCUUGCAAGUGAGAUUGAAUUCCUGAAAAUACAGUUUGUUUGCAAUAAGAGUUUUUUUUCAGUGACACCAUCAACGCUGCUUACGUGCAACAACACAACGAUACCACUUCUGUCUUCCAGCACAUUUAUGAUUCUAAGUACCCGUUGCGCGUUCUCAUCUACAACGGAGAUGUCGACCAAGCAUGCAACUAUCUUGGAGACCAAUGGUUCAUCGAGGCUUUUGCCCUAAAGAACCAGAUCCCAGUUGCCAGUGCUCGUGCUGAUUGGAGAUACAUGACUCAAAUUGCUGGAUACACCAAGAAGUUCGACACUCAGAAUGGAUUCUCUAUUGACUUGAUGACCGUGAAGGGAGCUGGACAUUUGGUACCAACUGACCGACCGGGACCAGCUCUUCAGAUGAUUGCUAACUUCUUCCGUAACCAGGACUACAGUAACCCGACCGUUAUCGACACUAGCCUCCACCCACUUCUCAGCGCUUAUGUAAUCGCGGAGCAACUUGCCGCUUCCCUCAACCGCUCCACCACUGGAGUUGCCCACAAUGGAAACAGAGUUCACACCAAGGUCCAUAAGGUCAACCGGGCCAACAAGUUGAUGGAGAAGAAAACUGUCAAAACUCCAACUGAACUUGACGCUCCACCACCGCCACCAUCUCAAACCAAGGACCAAGAUGAAGUCACCAACCUUCCAGGAUUGACUUUCACCCCGAACUUCAAGCAAUACUCUGGUUACUUAAACGCAUCCGCUGGAAACUAUCUUCAUUACUGGCUUGUCGAGUCGCAGCUCAAUGCGACCUACGAUCCGUUGAUUCUUUGGCUUAACGGUGGUCCGGGAUGUUCGUCGCUUGGAGGAUUCUUGGAGGAGCUCGGACCAUUCCAUGUCAACGCUGAUGGCCAGACUCUCUUCGAAAACCAAUUCUCGUGGAACAAAGCCGGAAACGUGUUGUUCUUGGAAGCACCAAGAGAUGUCGGAUACUCAUACCGCAGUAACGAAUACCCGGCUGAUCCAAUGUACAACGAUACUUACGUAAAGGAUUCCCUAAUUAAUUUUCAUUAUUUCAACUGUUUCAGACCGCUUCUGACACUGUUCUCGCUUUGACCAACUUCUUCAACAAGUUCCCAGAGUACCAGAACCGUCCGUUCUACAUCACUGGAGAGUCCUACGGUGGAGUUUACGUUCCAACUCUCACUCGCGCUCUCAUCAACGCUAUUCAGGUAUGUAAACACAAAAAUAGACAUAAAUUAAGAAAAGUUGUUUCGUUCCAGGGAGGAACUAUCCAGAACGUUACCCUGGCCGGAGUUGCCAUCGGAAACGGCGAACUUUCUGCCAUUCAACAAGUGAACUCUGCCGUGUCCCUUCUUUACUUCCGAGGAGAACAUGACAAAUCGUGAGAUCGACUUCAUAAAACUUAAAUUAAGUGUAGUCUUUCAGUGACUGGGACGCACUUGCCAAAUGCUGUGAUACUUCGGUGCCACAGGCAUAUUGCGAUUUCACCCAAUACAUCACAAUUGACACAUCUGGAAACGUCUGGCCAAAGGUGAAUGACAAUUCGCUCGCUGGACAGUGCGGACAACUUGUGCAACAGCAAGGAUUCCUCGACGUCUGGACCACUGAGUAAGUUUUGGUCUAUAACUGAACUCAUAAAACUCCCAUUUUUCUAGCAAUGAUGUGUACAACACUUUCGCCGACUGCUAUGACACUCCAGGUGCUGGAGACUCAAAGCUGAACGAGCUGGCUAAGGGAAUCAGAAGAGUUCAGAACAGACGUUCGAAGAGAGAGGUCUCCCCACUUCUUCCCAACACUUUGUUUGUCGAUCAAGCCAAGAAGAUCAACUACAAGUCGACUGAUGCUAACCAAGGAUUCACUUGUUUCUCCGGAGCUUCUGCUGAGGCCUACAUGAACAUUCCCGAAGUCCGUACGGCCCUUCACAUCCCAACUGCACUUCCAUACUGGACUGAUUGUAAUUAUGACAUGAACGAGAACUACAUUCAACAGCACAACGACACCAGUUCCGUUUUCGUCGACAUUCUUAACUCUGGAUAUCCACUGAGAUUCUUGAUCUACAACGGAGACGUUGACAUGGCUUGCCAAUUCCUCGGAGAUCAGUGGUUCAUUGAGAAGCUCGCCAAGGACAACAACAUGGCCGUCACUCAACCACACGGACCAUGGAACUAUACCCAGGGACAGUUCUUGCCGCGUGUUGGAGGAUACUGGAAGCAGUUCACUUACACCAACCAAAACUCGAACACCAAAGUCACUUUUGAUCAGCUCACUGUCAAGGGCGCAGGACACUUUGUCCCACAAGACCGUGCCGGACCGUCUCUUCAGAUGAUCUACAACUUUGUCAACAGUCUCGACUACAACCGCAACUUGACUCUCGAUUACUCUCGCAAGACCCUUCUGCCACAAUACCAGCCGGCCCCAGUGACUGUUUCUCGCAGAAAGGCCGAUCACAUCUCCGUGCUGCCAGGAGCUACUUGGAAUGUCAACUUCAUGCAGCAUUCUGGAUACCUUCAGGCCACCGCCGGAAACAAACUCUUCUAUUGGUUCGUCGAAUCUCAAUCUGGAAACGACGGUGAUCCAAUCAUUCUCUGGCUGCAAGGAGGACCAGGAUGCGCUUCCACCGGAGGACUUCUCGGAGAAAUCGGACCAUUCUACGUCAACCCAGAUGGAGAGACCCUCUUCGAAAACGUGUACUCUUGGAACAAGGCCGCUCACAUUUUGGUAAUUGACUCGCCAAGAUCUGUUGGAUUCUCGUACCAGGACACCAAUGUGAACAACGACACUUUCUGGGAUGAUGAUAAGACUGCUAAUGAUACCUACACCGCUCUUGAAGACUUCUUUGCUGCCUACACCCCGCAUAGAAACAGCGAGCUUUACAUCAUCGGAGAAUCAUAUGCCGGAGUUUAUGUGCCAACCCUCACCAAGCUUCUUAUCCAGCAGAUUCAGGCAAGUAUAAUGAAAAAAAUAUGUUUAGUUAAACGUUUUUAGAGCGGGCAAUCGAACAUCAAAUUCCGCGGUAUUGGAAUCGGAAACGGAAUGGUCAGUGCUGUCAAUGACGUCAGAACUCUUCCGGACUUCCUCUACUUCCACGGAAUUUACGACAAGCCACAAUGGGAGAAGCUCCGUGCUUGCUGCCCGUCUUCGGAUGCCUCCUACGAUUGCAACUACGACUACUACAUCACCAUCGACGCCGGAGUCAACGUCAUCGCCAAGUCGUUCCCAGACAACCAGACUCUCCAGGAUUGCGCGUAUCUUGUGGAGAACUUGUCUUACGACAGAAGUUGGAAGGCUCUUUAUGAUCAGUACAAUUUGUACCAAGACUGUUACGCCGACCCGAAGAGCACUCCGUAUCCGUUCAAGAACGAGAAAAUCUCGAGACUCGAACUGGAGCGCAGACUCAAAUCGUACAUUCCACAGUCUACGACCAAGGUAAGAAGAAAAUUCGAUAUCAGAGUAACUUGUGAAUGUUCAGACCGCUCCACAGGAUCCACUAUCCACCGACGCUACUGGAGGAUACUCUUGCUGGAACGAGUACGCCAUCAACAACUAUCUCGGUCUCUCUCAUGUUCGCGAUGCUCUGCACAUUCCGGACUUCGUUCAGAGAUGGAGUUUCUGCACGUCAGUUCAACAAUAUAAAGAGAAAGUGCUUUUUUUUCAUUUUCAGCGGAAUCAACUACUCCAACUUGUACAAUGACACCACUCAAGUCUUCACUGAUAUCUUGAACAGUGGAUAUGACCUCAAGUACGAAUCGGAAACUGGAAUUGUUUGACAGAAAAAAAGCAAUAUAAAUUUCAGGGUGCUCAUUUACAACGGAGAUGUCGACUCUGUUUGCUCAAUGUUCGAGGCCUUGUCUACCAUCAACAACUUUGCCAUCAACCAGCAAUUCGUAAGAAAAGAGUAGUAUCCCAACAACUAUGUACUUGUUUUUCUAGGUGCACAACCAACCGAGAUCGUCUUGGAUGUACGGAGGACAAAUCGGAGGAUACGUUGAGAAGUUCCAGAAGGGCAACAUGACAAUCGACCUCAUGACCAUCAAGGGAGCCGGUCACAUGGCGCCAACUGACCGUCCAGGACCAGUGCUCCAGAUGGUCAACAAUUUCGUUCACGGACAAGGAAACUACAACACGACGAUCAGCGUGAGCAUGCUCCGCCAACCACUUCUCGCUCAGUACACUGUAAGUUUUUGGAAAAAGUAGAGAAAGACACAGUACAACUUUUUACAGGAGCAAGGAUCCGGAGUAGUAACAAGUGCUCCAGUUACUGGCGCUCCGAACACAAAUGGUCCAUUCACCGACGCUCCGCUCACCAACGCUCCAGGACAAACCACGGUCACUACUGCUUCACCACAGACUCAGGCCCCAGUAGUCACAUCUACUGGUGGUACCAACCCGGCCAAUGCAUCCACCCCAACCGCCGCCGUCUCUUCGACCACUGUUUCCACCACCACUCAAUCCGCCACAUUUGUCUCGUUUACCUUCUCGGUGUUCGUGGUCUCUCUUGUCAAACUUUUAUUGUAA